UAGAAAAUUCUGACAGUUCGCACAGAAUAAAAAUAAAAGUAGAAAAAAUACCUUGUGUGCGCGUAACAAAUUUCUCUAAACGAAGAAGAAAAUUUUGUAAUUUCACAACAAUUUUUAUUAAAUAAUAACCACUUGGAAAAGAUAAACAAAACCUUUGGAAAAUGUCCUUAACCAGAGCCUCACGUUUAUUACAAAAUCAAUUGAAACGCGUACAGAGUGUGCCAGCCGCUUUCUAUCAUGAAAAUGUGGUUGAACACUACGAAAAUCCUCGUAAUGUUGGCUCUUUAGAUAAAAAAGAUGCCAGCGUUGGUACCGGUUUAGUGGGUGCCCCCGCCUGUGGCGAUGUCAUGAAACUACAAAUUAAAGUCGAUGAAAAUGGCAAAAUUAUUGAUGCUAAAUUCAAAACUUUUGGUUGUGGUUCAGCUAUAGCCAGUAGUUCAUUGGCUACCGAAUGGGUUAAGGGUAAAACUAUCGAUGAGGCGGGUAAAUUGAAGAAUACCGAUAUUGCUAAGGAAUUGCGUUUGCCUCCCGUCAAAUUGCAUUGCUCUAUGUUGGCUGAGGAUGCCAUUAAAGCAGCAUUGGCUGAUUACAAAGUUAAGCAGCAAAAGAAGGACAACUAAGGAGAUUUCCUUAUGUUAUUUAAAAAAAUAGUUGUCAGUUGUUGCUAAACAAAAAGAAAAUUUGUAGUUUUUUAGUCAAAUAAUAUAUAUGAUAGUUUAUCCCUAACACUUAAUCAUUUUAUUUUAUUUUAUUUCAUCUGUUGUUUUGUUCUCUAAAGCAGCUUUCUUGGAAAGUUUUCAAAUGAUACUAUUUAAGUUGAAUAUACAUUAAGAAAUUCUAAGUAAAGCUUAAGUCUGAUAUUUAGAAAGUAAAGGAAGUUAUAGUAAAGAACCUAGAUGUCAUAUGUAUAUGCAAGUCCUUGAGUGAUUUUUUUAAAAAUGCAUACAAUUAAUGUUGAAAAAAAGAAGAACACAAAAAGUCAAAAUAUAUUAUAUAAAGCUUUAUUGUUAAUAAAAAAAAAUACAUAUUCAUA